AUGAACCUGUUCCUGCAAAACCAACGCGUCCGAAUCUCAACCAACGUGUCGACGCCUCUGAUGGUGUGGUCGUCAUGGUGCUUCGCUUUUUCGACCAAGUUGGGGACCUACGACGUUUUCAUGAAUGGGGAGAGGGUUACGAGUGGCUCCUGGAUCCCCAUGAGGAAGGUGCUGUUGUCGAGCGAAGAGGUGGCGGUGCUGGGGCAAGACCAGGACGUGGAGGGCGGGGGCUUCGACUCGGCGCAGUCCUUCUCCGGCGAACUCACGGCUUUCAACAUCUGGGGGAGGUUCCUGAGCGAGUACGAGAUGACGUCGGUGUCCUCGUGCGGGUCCCUCAUCAACGGGGACAUCGUCAGCUGGAAUGAGUCUCGAUGGACUUUGACCGGAGAUGUUCGCGAAGAAACGAGACUCAUACACGAGACCUGCGAAAUCCUACCAUCACCUUACUUCAUGUUCAGAGACCGCCUGCAGUUCACUUACGCCGUCGCCCUCUGUCAGGUAUGA